AUGUUGGGAGCUCUCAAACAAGGAGAAGGCACUGGAACGGGAAAAAAAGAGAGAAGAGAGAAAUUAAAAGCGGAGAAGGAACGAAAGGAGAAGAGUUUCGGGCUUACCCGAAAAUCAACAGGGGAAGUAGGGUUUAGAUACGUGGAUAAGAAGCGAAGAGAAAUACGCUAUGGUAAUAUAGACAAGGAAGCUGAGUACUCGGAUGAUGAAUCCAGCACGGGUUAUGAUAAUGGAAUAGAUGCUCGAAACGAAUUUUCAGAAGAUAAACCGAGCAAAGAUGAGCGUCGGUCAAAGCACGGCAGUCGUGCCCCAACCGAAGUUUCAGACAGUAGAUCAAGAAAAGAUGAUCCUCAGCCAAAGCACAGCAGUCGUGCCCCAACCGAAGUUUCAGAUAGUAGAUCAAGAAAAGAUGAUCCUCAGCCAAAGCACAGCAGUCGUGCCCCAACCGAAGUUUCAGAUAGUAGAUCAAGAAAAGAUGAUCCUCAGCCAAAGCACAGCAGUCGUGCUCCAACCGAAGUUUCAGAUAGUAGAUCAAGAAAAGAUGAUCCUCAGCCAAAGCAUAGCAGUCGUGCCCCAACCGAAGUUUCAGACAGUAGAUCAAGAGAUAAUCAAGUUGUCCGAGCUAGCGGAUCAAAUGGUGGAAAAAAAGAUCAUGAAUCUAAGAGACAUACAUCAUCAGCACAGUCAGAUCUAACAGUGCGGGGAUCUGAGAAAGCUCCAUCGUCAUCAGGAGGGACAGAUCGAACAGUGCGGCAAUCUGAUAUUCUCAGAGAUGAAACUAAAAGCGAAGCAAGCACAGAAGCAGCACAGAAAAAACAUCAACUACUGAGGAAGAGAAGAAAGAAAGAAUUUGAUGUGGAACUACGAAAGCAAGACCGCUUUCAACUCGACCCGAAUGAAGGAUACUCAGACUAUGCUGCUUCAGAGGUACCAAGUGUUACAUCCAGCAAGGUAUCAAAUCCCGCGAGUAAGGGUAAAACUCGUGAAAUUGUCGAGGCUAUGUACCAGACCCCACAAAGCAGGCGCAUCCCAAACAGCGCCCGGGAUAGUCAACCAGGUGAGGAUUCUGAGAGACGCAAGAAACAUAGUAGUAAAAAGCCCGAGUCUUCCUCAAGACCCAAGGAAAGUGGAAUUUCUGAGAAACCCAAGACAAGUAGGAGAUCCCAAACUUCUACAAGUGAAGCAAGUUCCACGACAAGAAGUUCAAAAUCGAGACCUUCAAAAUCGAGACAUUCAAAAUCAGGAAAUUCAAAGUCGGGAACUUCGCGUGAUGAUCGCCAGAGCCAAUAUGACGAAUCUGAUUUCGGAUCCGAGACCGAGACUGAACAGACAUCUCAUCACAGGGGUUCACAUAGGAGCUCUCGUCAACCCGAACCCGAAUACUCCGAUUCCAGCGACGAUACCCCCACUAAUGCAAGUCAAAGAAAUAUCAACAUGGCUAUCGACAUCGCUACCGAUGCUCUUGGUACCGCUGCUAUUGAUGGUGACAUUCCUGGUGCCACCGCUCAUUCUACUGCCACUCUUGAACAAGAGGAGCAAUAUACCAUGAACACACAACGAACAAGCUAUAGUCGCUCGGAACUUCACGAACUAGAGCUUGAGGUUCGCCUCGAAUCCGAAUGCAUUCUGUCAGAGACGGAGAACUUUCUGCAUGGGCUCUUAAAAGUCCCGAUCCGAACAUGCAACUGGCGCUGUCGAUAA